AUGUCAUCCGAAGACGAAGAAAUGGAAGUAAACAAAGACCAAAGCGAAGACGGUAUGGAAGACGAUGAUGAUGAUGACGAUGACACUUCAAGUGAUUCUUCCGAAGAGCAAAUCGAUGAUACCAAACAAGAAAAUGAAUUAGCCGCACUUCGUGAAGUUGCUCAAUCGAAUUUAUAUAACUAUCAAUCUCAUCUUGAUUACAUCAGCAAAGCUCGUGAGUAUGGUAAUCUCGAACAUUUACGUUUCGCUCGUCAAACCAUGUCGGAAGUCUUUCCAUUAACCGAACAACUUUGGCUCGAAUGGCUCGACGAUGAAAAGAAAUUAUUAAUCUCAACCACAGAAGAAGACAAAACUUUAGUCGACUUAUUCGAACGUGCUAUCAAUGAUUAUUUAUCAAUCAUGAUUUGGAUUGAAUAUGUUCAAUAUAGACUUCCGUAUUAUAUGUCGAUGAAUUCCAUUGAAAAUUUCCGAAAUUUGUUUGAACGCGGACUUAGUGCAUGUGGCGUCCAUCUACCAGCUGGAGGUCUCUUUUGGGCGGCGUAUAUCGAGACUGAAAAGGCAAUUUUGGAUGGACUUCGAAUGAAUUACGAACAGAAUAGUGAAAGUUCAGAUUUAAAAGAAAAACUUCUUCAACAUGUUGAUUACGUUUUAACGUUAUAUCGUCGACAAUUAUCAGUUCCAUUACGUGGAAUGUCGGACAUUUAUUACAAAGAUUACCAAAGUUUCUGUGAACAAUACAAAGAAUUUCUUCCGGUGAAUUACACGGAACAAUAUGAUUUGAAAGUGAAACGCGAGUUCGACCUUGCACUUGAAUAUUUAGAAAAAUGUGAGAAGUUCGAAAAAGAAUUAGAUAAUACAAAUCGCAGUGUAGCAACUUACAAAAGAUAUAUUGCAUUCGAGAAAGAACCAGCGAGAAUCCAAUGUCUCUACGAACGGGCAAUCGUUGAUCAUUGUCUCGAUGGAGAUUUAUGGUUAUCAUACAUUGACUUUGCUGAAGAACAUCUCUCGUCAGCGAAACUCUGUCAAGCAAUCUUCGAUCGUUCGUUACGCAAUUGUCCGUGGGUCGCUGGCCUAUGGAUUCGUUAUGCUGAAUUCAUGGAAUCGAGCCAAACUGCUGAUCAUUCUCAAUUGAAACAAAUCUACGAUCGCGCAUUGAACUCCGAUCCGACAAAUUUAGAAUCAUUUGUGAACAUUCAAUUAGCAUAUAUGCAAUACCGUCGUCGUCAUUAUCAUCAACAAUUAUCGACGACGAAGGCUGAGCAAUGUGAAGCUCUGAAAGAAGAAAUUCGUCAUGCAUGUGAAGCGACUUGUGAUCAAUAUCAAGAAUUGUUUUCCGGGACCGCUGAUCCGAAGUUAUUUUUGAAAUAUAACGGACAGUUAGAGUUAUAUUGGAUUCAUUUCGAAACUCAAUCUUUUCAUUCCAUCGAUCGUGCGCGACAAAUUUGGAAUGGACGAACGUUGAUGAGCAAAACACAUAAUCAAUUAAUUGCAAAUCUUUGGAAGAAUUUUUACUAUACGGAAAUUCAUUUUGGAGAUGAAAAACACGCGAGAAGAGUUUUGUAUCGAGCGUUGAAUCAUAUCGAAACGAUGGAUUAUCCGAUGAGUGUUUGUGACUUGUUGUUGGAACAUGAGAAGAAGUAUGGAACGAUUGAACAAUUGAAAGAAACGAAAGAAAAAUUAAAGAAAAUUCAGAAGAAACUUAUUCCGAAAGAAAAACCACAAGUGAACAAUAAGAAACAGGCCGAACCACCAAAGAAAUCAAAGAAAACAACAACUAGCAAGAUGGAUACAACUGCACCACCUGUUCAUACAAACGGAAAGACAAACGAUCAACCAAAAACAUCACCUCGAAAGCGUCAACUGUCACCUGAAGAGGUCCAGACCGCUAAAAAGAAACCUGCGCCAGCCACAGUCGAUAACGACGGUUUUAAAAUUCCAGCUCCACCACCUGCCACUUCAGUAUCAACUCCAGCUCCAACUUCAACUCCAUCUUCUUCUUCAACUUUCGUCAAUCCUGCAAAUACCGAUCACUUAAACACCGCCUUCAUUGCUAAUCUUGCCUAUGAUAUCGAUGAACAGAAGAUUCGUGACGCACUUUCGCCAGCCGGUCCAAUCAAAGACGUUCGCAUAGUUAAACACGAAUGGUCUGGCAAAUCCAAAGGUUUUGGUUAUGUCGAUUUCGCGACAGCCGAAGGUUAUCGUCAAGGAUUGAAAUUAGAUCAUACACUUAUCAAUGGCCGUCCGCUGUAUAUUAGUCCUUAUGAUCCCAAUCGAUCGGCAUCGAAUGAUUUAACGAAAAAGUUCAAAUACUCAACAGCAUUAGAACAAAAUAAAUUAUUUAUUAAAAAUUUGCCUUUUUCAUCAACGAAAGAAGAUGUUGAAAAAUUAUUCACUGAAAAAGGUUUUCAAGUCAAAGACGCUCGAUUGGUGACUCAUAAGAGCGGUAAAUCCAAAGGACUCGCCUAUGUCGAGUUCAAUGACGCACAAACAGCGUCACAAGCAGUUAUUCAACUUGAUGGCACUACCAUUGGCGAACACACCAUUCAAGUAGCAAUUAGUAAUCCUCCACAACGUAAGGAACCUGUCAAAUCAACUUCUACGGAAGCAAAACCAACAUCCUUAGGCGAAGCACCGAGAGCGACGGGACCACGCGGUAGAGGAUAUUCACAAAUAUCGCUAGUACCAAGAAAAGUUACAGCAGCAAAAACUCAACCGGCUACCACAACAACGACGGCGAAUGCAAUGAAUAACGAUGACUUCAGAAAAAUGCUUUUGAAUAAAAAAUGA